GGGGGCGCGCUCACCGGUCGCUCGGCCCUCCUUACCUCAGAAUCGAUCUCUCAGGCUGGAAUAGACGGAGGAGAUGAUAUUGCAUUGUCAUGCUAGAGUGGUUCCUGUCUCGAUUGAUCUCUGUCGAAGAACUAACAAAGGAGUAGAUUUGGUUGAGGGGAGCCAUGGAUGCUGCUGAGGCAGAGGAGAAUCUCUUCGCUUUUAGCGAUGCAAAGUUGCAUGGUGACAUGUGUAGACAGCUUUCUGCAAUUCUUUAUAAAAUUUUGGCGAUCUUCCCCGUCCUGGAAGAGGCUAGACCCAGAAGUAAGUCUGGAAUACAGGCACUAUGUUCCUUGCAUGUUAACCUUGACAAGUCAAAGAACCUCCUUCAGCAUUGCUCGGAGUGCAGCAAGUUGUAUUUGGCUAUAACAGGAGAUUCCAUCCUCAUGAAAUUUGAGAAGGCAAGAUGUGCUCUCCAGGAAAGUCUUACGAAUGUGCAGGACAUAGUUCCUCAAGCCAUAGGUUAUCAGAUAAUGGAGAUAGUUGGUGAACUGGAAAGAACUGUGUUUAUAUUGGAUCACGUAGAGAAGAAAGCAGGUGAAGAAGUGCUCUCAUUGCUUCAGAAGAAGAAUUCCGAUGGUGGUUCAGGUGAUAGUGUUGGAAUCGAAGUCUUCCAUCAAGCUGUGUUGAAGCUUGGAAUUACUUCUUCGAGAGCUGCUCUUUCUGAGAGAAGAGCGCUCAAUAAAUUGAUUGAAAGGGCUCGUGCAGAGGAAGACAAGCGGAAGGAAUCAGUCGUGGCAUACCUGUUACAUCUAACUAGAAAAUACUCCAAACUUUUCAGAAAUGACACACCGGAUGAUUCAGACUCUCAAGGAUCAAAUCCUUGUUCUCCUACUGUCCCAGGCUCUUCUGAUGAUUUUGGAAGGCAAUUAUCAAGGCAGGCUUCUUUUAGUUCCAAGCCACGAUCAGAAGAAAUACCGACACCCCCUGAGGAGUUCAGAUGUCCAAUCUCCUUACAGAUCAUGCAUGAACCAGUCAUUAUUUCCUCUGGACAAACCUAUGAGCGUGUUUGCAUUGAGAAAUGGUUCAAAGAUGGGCAUAAUACGUGCCCAAAGACCCAACAGAAGCUUACACAUUUUUCUUUAACUCCAAACUUUUGUGUAAAAGGUCUGAUUGCUAGUUGGUGUCAGCAAAAUGGAUUUCUAGUGCCUGAUGGUCCUCCAGCAUCUCUUGAUAUAAAGUCCUGGAGGCCAUCCUUGCCUGCGCGUAGUGCUUCUGAUUCCAGUUCCAUAGCAAGCCUCAAAUCUUGCGAUGAGGCUGCCAAGAGGAGUACCUCGGAGGAGAGUGUUGGCUUCACUGAGGAACAUAUUCCAGAUGAUCCCAGCAAUACAAAUACUAGCGAUGCUACAGGGAGCAAAGAACAAGAAUUUGAAAGAUAUGAGAGCUUGCUUGAGAUUUUGCGUGAUAGUAAGAGUAGAACGAAGCAACACAAAGCUAUGGAAGAGAUUAGGUUUUUGCUGAAGGAUGAUGGAGAGGCAAGGAUAUACAUGGGUGCAAAUAGGUUUGUUGAAGCACUAGUACAGUUUCUGAAGUCAGCCACUGAUGAGGGAGAUGAGAAAGCUCAGGAGGUUGGCGCAUUAGCUCUUUUCAAUUUGGCUGUCAAUAAUAGCAGGAAUAAAGACAUAAUUCUCUCCGCUGGUGUGAUUCCAUUGUUAGAGAAGAUGAUAUCAAAUCCCACGACAUGUGAGUCAGCUACUGCGCUAUACCUCAACCUCUCUUGUCUUGAUCGAGCGAAGCCCAUUAUUGCUUCAAGCCAAGCUGUCCCCAUCCUUCUCCAGCUUCUAUCUCCAGAGUCCUCCCAUAGCACAUCUUGCAAGCACGACGCUCUUUUUUGUCUGUUCAACCUCUCCUCUCACGCUCCUACUGUAAAUCAUCUCAUCAGUGCUGGCAUCAUCGAUGGCCUCCACUUCCUCCUCUCCAACAAUGGAAAACCUACAGGUAGCCCCUGGUCCGAGAAGGCUCUUGCUAUCCUCGCCAGCAUUGCUUCGUGUCAGUCAGCUAUGAAUGAGAUGGUCGCAACGCCAGGGCUGAUCAGUUCGAUAGCAACAGCGCUGAAUAUAGGUCAGCCACCGGUGCAAGAGCAGGCCGUGUCGUGCCUUCUGAUUCUCUGCGCUGGAGAUGAGAGUUCUUGUUGCACAGUUUUGCAAGAAGGGGUAAUUCCAGCUCUCGUAUCAGUUUCAGCAAAUGGGACGCAGAGGGGAAAGGAGAAAGCAAGGAAGCUCCUGAAGCUCUUUAGGGAGCAGCGACAGCGAGAAGCUUCACCUUCCAGAGAGUGUGUUGAAGCCAGGACUAUUGGAGUUAUUGAGACGACACAGGAGCCUAAGCCUUUGGCUAAAUCAAGGUCUGCAAGGAUUGUAAGGAGUGUGAGUUCAUUUUGGAAGGCAAAGCACCGAUGGUAGACUAAUGAUGGUUGUAAAGGUUUUUUUUUUUUUUUUUUUUUUUUUUUUUUUAACCUUUU